UCCAAGUUCCUGGACUCUAGGAAGUCCACCUGGGCUCUUAGGGGGCCACGGGAGCAGGCCAAGCUCUAAAGCAGACCCGAGCGUGAUCUGGUAGUGACAUCUGCUCCCUGUCCUGCUGAGGGGAGGGUGGCUCUGGCUCAUCUGCUGUCCCCAUCAUCCUCCACAUCCUAUCUAGCUUCCCCAGCCUCAUCUCAGUCGUGGGAUAGGACUCCACCCAGUCUCCCCCAAAGGCAGCAGGCCCCCCAGGCCCCAGGAAGGGCAGCUGAAGCCCUGGGAGCAUCCAUGCCUUCCUGGAUGGAACCAUGGGAGGAUUUUCAUAAAGUACAGGAUUUCAGACAUAGACUGCCAGAGUUUGAAGUGUGAGGAAUGGGGGAUGAGGCCAGCUUCUUUGGUGAAGCCCGGGAGGAGCAGGGUUGCCCCACCCAUAUUCCCACGAGGCUCCUUUUCCUCCGGGAUUCCCCCCUCCUGGAGGCGGGGCCAGGCCUUUGAGCCGGAUAAAACCCCACACUCGGAGGGGACUGGUGCGGGCACAGCCUUGGCAUGGCCGUCUGGCUCCUUACUCUGCCGGCUCCAUGACCAGCCCAGUGGAUGCAUCUCCAGCAGCCUGUGCCAGUGGGUUGGGUCCUCACCGGAGAAAGAGGACCACCUUCAGCAGAGGGCAGCUGCUGGAGCUGGAGCGAGUGUUUGCGGCACGGCCCUACCCCGACAUCGGCACCCGUGAGCACCUGGCCCGGGUCACCUCUCUUCCUGAGGCCAAGAUACAGGUGUGGUUCCAGAACCGCAGAGCCAAGAGAAUCAAGGAUAGAAAGCCAGGAGGCCUAAGCCCCAGGCCUGAGCCUCCCCAGAGGUCCCGUUCUCUUCCGGACACCAUCCCGCGGUCCCCGGAGCCCCGGACGCUUGGCCAGCCUCCACCCUCCAACAGCACAGCGCAGGGCUCCUGUGUGUGUCGACAGGCCUCCUGCCCAGCUCCUGGCUUGGGGCCAGGGCAGGGCUGGGUGGGGGCUAAAGCUGCAGCCCCCUGGGCCCCAGUUGGGUCUUCAGGGGCCCACCUCUCUUCUGAGCGAGCUGCUCCCCAGACCUCACUGGGCAGCCUGUCUGACCUCAUCUAUGCCUCUGCCAUUGUCACCAACCUGGAUCACUCCUAACCUAGAUCUAGGACUUGCAAGACCCCUCCUCUGGCUCCUGUAGCCCACUCUGCCCCUUAAGACUGAACACACCAUAAGUGGAUCUCCUGAACCCUCCUUUUACACAAGGGAGUUUUCUUACGGGAAGAAAGUAUUAGCUCAGGGAUACCUCCCUUCCACUGUCCUCCAGACCAGCCUAGAUACAGAUUCUAUGGCGUGAUGGGGGCCUGGCUCCUGCUACCUAGCCCCCUCCCCGUCCAUCAUCUCGACAGGAGGUUCCUACAGAGGGAUGAGAUAGAAGCCCAUGUUUUCCACUUCUGCCAGUUUCCCAAUUCUUCUCAUCCCAGCUGACAAUACCUCCUCCCUCUAAAGGACAAUGGACAAUUGCCCUGUACCCAAGGACCCUUUAGGCCAUUACCUGACUGUUAAGUAAGCUGGGAGAUGACUGAUCCUAAUUUUAGACUGCAAGGACCAGUCCUUUUAUAGUUCAGGGCCCCCCUCUCCUGUCCUCCUGCCACCUGGACAAAUUAAUCAGAGCCAUGGAUCUGAAGAGGGAGUGAUAUUAAAGUCAUAAAGUAGAAAUAGAAGCCCAGGGCUUACGUUGAUUUAAUUUUCACAAAUAUGAGAUUGGCUGCCCUCUGACCUGGGGCUGCAGAGACAACCUGCAGAUUCAGGAUGGGGUGGGGAGGAGCGUGCAUGUUGGCAGCGUUGGGUUUUGGUAUCACUGUCAUCUGUAAUACCAACUAAUCUUCAAAUAAAACCCCAACUCUAUACCUUAA